CUGGGCUUGGGCACGAGGGUUAGGGAGGUGACUGGGAAGAGAAGCGUGGUGGAGGGAAGAGGGAGGCAUGUGAACACACGUCGUACGCUGUAGUGUCCAGUAAGGUAAUACUUGGUACCGAGGUGAAGCGCAAGUUCGCCACACCAACGGUGCGGAGACGCCGAGGUAAACGCACACCUUUUGCUUCUUCUCUAUGAGUAGUAGGCAUGCAGCACGUCGUACUCAUGAAUCGAGCCGAGUCGCCUCGAGAGCGGGCGGGACGAGCCUGCCGGGACGCAGCACGCAUGCGCAUGUGGAGCUCUCGUCGGAGCGUCCUCUACUUGGUUCGUACAUGAUAGUUACGGGUCUUUUUUUUUUCUCGCACGUUGCACGCACACCCGCAAGCUUAUGCACACGCGUCGUGCUGCACUACCGUCCAAAACUCAAACAGCCUGUUCCGUCGCUCGAGUCGCGUGUGGCGCCGCCAUUUGCGCGCCGCUAUGAUAUUCCUGCAGGAGCGCGCAGGGCUGGACGCCGUGUUUGGUGGAUAUCUCGGCUGGGGGGUGGAGAUGUUCAAUUUUUGAGAGAAGGGGCACGGUACGCUACGGUAAGGUACGCGUAAGUGGGAAGCGAGACGGUGAGCCGGUCUUGUGUUGUAUGUGUGUGCUUGCUUGUACGGUGUACGAAGGACAGAUGCUGCAUAGCC